AUGUUGGGGGGCGACUUCCAGGGAGAACCCCCCCUCUGCCCCGGUAACGGCCAAAGAGGAGAUGGCGCCAGUCUGGGAGCGUCCGUGGCCGACACAGUGAGGAGGCGCGAAGGCAGAGGGCCAGCCCCCCGGAGAGACGGCUCAGGACGAGGGCCGGCGCGGUGGGCCAAGCCCACCCUGCAGCUCGUGUACCAGGCGGUGCAGGCGCUCUACCACCACCCGUACCCCAGCGGCAAGGAGCGUGCCUCGUUUUGGCUGGGGGAGCUGCAGCGUUCGGUUCACACAUGGGAGAUUUCAGACCAGUUGUUACAGAUACGUCAGGAUGUGGAAUCAUGCUAUUUUGCUGCACAGACCAUGAAAAUGAAGAUUCAGACCUCAUUUUAUGAGCUCCCCACAGACUCUCAUGCCUCUUUACGGGACUCAUUAUUAACUCAUAUCCAGAACUUGAAAGACUUGUCACCUGUCAUUGUAACACAGCUGGCUUUAGCAAUAGCAGACCUUACCCUACAGAUGCCUUCCUGGAAAAAUAUAGCAAUAUAUAUAGCAAUAGUGGAAAAAUAUAGCAAUGAUGUAACUUCUCUGCCUUUUCUGCUGGAGAUCCUUACAGUAUUACCUGAAGAAGUACAUAGCCGUUCCUUACAUAUUGGGGCUAAUUGGCAUAUGGAAAUUAUAGAAGAUUUGGCCUUCUACUCUAGUACAGUAGUAUCUCUAUUGAUGACCUGUGUAGAAAAAGCAGGAACGGAUGAGAAAAUGCUUAUGAAGGUCUUCCGCUGUUUGGGAAGUUGGUUUAAUUUAGGAGUUUUAGACAGUAACUUUAUGGCUAAUAAUAAGUUACUAGCACUCCUUUUUGAAGUUUUGCAACAGGAUAAAACCUCAUCCAACCUUCAUGAAGCUGCUUCAGAUUGUGUAUGCUCAGCUCUCUAUGCGAUUGAGAACGUGGAAACUAAUUUGCCAUUAGCCAUGCAACUUUUUCAAGGAGUUCUGACAUUGGAGACCGCCUAUUACAUGGCUGUGGCACGUGAAGAUUUAGACAAAAUUUUGAAUUACUGUCGUAUUUUCACUGAACUAUGUGAAACUUUUCUUGAGAAAAUUGUUUGUACUCCAGGCCAAGGUCUUGGGGACCUGUGGACCCUAGAACUGCUUCUUAUCUGUGCAGGACAUCCGCAGUAUGAGGUUGUAGAAAUUUCCUUUAACUUUUGGUAUCGACUAGGAGAGCAUUUAUAUAAAACUAAUGAUGAAGUAAUUCAUGGUAUCUUCAAAGCUUACAUUCAGAGGCUGCUUCAUGCCUUGGCUCGAAACUGCCAGCUGGAACCAGACCAUGAGGGGGUUCCUGAAGAGACUGACAACUUUGGGGAGUUUCGGAUGAGGGUAUCAGAACUGGUGAAAGACUUGAUUUUCUUGAUUGGGUCUAUGGAGUGUUUUGCUCAGUUAUAUUCUACUCUGAAAGAAGGCAACCCACCCUGGGAGGUGACAGAAGCGGUUCUCUUUAUCAUGGCUGCUAUAGCAAAGAGUGUUGAUCCGGAGAACAACCCGACCCUUGUGGAGGUCCUGGAAGGUGUGGUCCGGCUGCCUGAGAGCGUGCAUACCGCCGUGCCCUACACCAGCAUUGAGUUGGUCGGAGAGAUGAGUGAAGUGGUCGACCAAAACCCUCAGUUCCUUGACCCUGUGUUGGGCUACUUGAUGAAAGACCUGUGUGAAAAGCCUCUGGCUUCUGUUGCAGCUAAAGCCAUUCACAACUUAUGCUCUGUUUGCCGGGAUCACAUGGCUCAGCACUUUAAUGGACUCUUGGAGAUUGCCCGUUCCCUUGACUCCUUUAUGUUGUCUCCAGAAGCUGCUGUGGGCUUGUUGAAAGGAACAUCACUUGUCCUAGCCAGAUUACCUUUGGAUAAGAUUACUGAAUGCCUUAGUGAACUAUGUUCUGUACAGGUUAUGGCAUUGAAAAAGCUGUUGUCUCAGGAGCCCAGCAACGGCCUGUCAUCAGACCCCACUGUGUUCUUAGAUCGCCUCGCAGUGAUAUUUAGACAUACCAAUCCCAUCGUGGAAAAUGGACAGACUCAUCCAUGCCAAAAAGUCAUACAGGAAAUCUGGCCAGUUUUGUCUGAAACUCUGAAUAAGCAUCGGGCUGAUAAUCGGAUCGUGGAGCAUUGCUGCAGGUGUCUCCGCUUUGCCGUCCACUGUGUCGGCAAAGGCUCUGCUGCCCUCUUGCAGCCGCUCGUUACACAGAUGGUGAAUGUGUACCAUGUACAUCAGCAUUCCUGUUUCCUGUACCUGGGGAGUAUCCUUGUGGAUGUGUAUGGCAUGGAGGAGGGCUGUCGGCAGGGGCUGCUGGACAUGCUCCAGGCACUGUGCAUCCCCACCUUUCAGCUCCUGGAACAGCAGAACAGGCUGCAGAAUCACCCCGACACCGUGGACGACCUGUUCAGGCUAGCCACCAGGUUUAUUCAACGUAGCCCUGUCACCUUACUGAGGAGCCAAGUGGUCAUUCCUAUUUUACAGUGGGCCAUUGCCUAUACCACCCUCGACCACCGGGAUGCCAAUUGUAGUGUCAUGAGAUUCCUACGAGACCUCAUCCACACAGGAGUAGUCAAUGAUCAUGAAGACGACUUUGAAUUACAGAAAGAACUGAUUGGACAAGUGAUGAACCAGCUUGGCCAACAGCUCGUAAGCCAGCUGCUCCACACGUGCUGCUUCUGCCUCCCCCCCUAUACACUACCAGACAUGGCCGAAGUGCUCUGGGAGAUCAUGCAGGUUGACAGACCGACUUUUUGUCGGUGGUUAGAGAAUUCCUUGAAAGGUUUGCCAAAGGAGACGACCGUGGGAGCUGUGACAGUGACACACAAACAGCUUACAGACUUCCACAAGCAAGUCACUAGUGCUGAGGAAUGUAAACAAGUUUGCUGGGCCUUGCGAGACUUCACCAGGCUGUUCCGAUAGCUGCACUCCUGCACUGUGCCUGUCACCCAGGAAUGUCUUUUUUAAUUAGAAGACAGGAAGACGACAAAAACCAGACUGUGUCCCACAAUCAGAAACCUCCGUGUGGCAGAGGGGCCUUCACUGCCACCAGGGCAUCCCGACAAAAAGGGAAAGACUCCAGCCUUCCAGGGCCACCCCAAGGAGUUCCUGUUUGGGGGUGUGAGGGAAAAUCAGCGCUGUCUCAAAAAAGAGGCCUGCAGCCUCAUGGCGCAGGGGGAGGGGAGCUGGUUUCCUGGUGAACUUGUUUCUAAACGGAAAAAA